AUGGCAAAGCCGGGUGCCCAGCUGGAGGUGCGCGUGGAGGCCGGCGGGCAGGCCGUGAUGCGCUGCGAGCUGCUCGACGCGGGCGGCGCCGUCGAGUGGCUGAGGGAUGGGGAGCGGCUGGAGUCCGGGAGAGGUGUCCUGCUGGAGGAGGACGGCUCGGUGCAGCGGCUCGUCGUCCAGCAAGCGAGCGGCGCUCACGCCGGCACCUACGUGUGCCGCUCGCAAGGCGGAGACGCCGCGUUCCGGCUGCAGGUCACAGAACCCAUCGUUGCAUCGUCAGCUGCCUCGCAAGUACAAGACUCUGUGACGGUGUCGUUCAACACGGGGAUCGCCAGCAAGGUGGCGGCCGAGGGCGAGGAGGUCACCUUCAGGUGCUCCGUGUCACCGAGCGACGUGGCGGUGAAGUGGUACCGCGAAGGAGUGCAGCUCAAGCCCACGAGCCGCAUCUCCAUCUCAGCGGAGCCUCCCUGCCACUGCUUGACCUUCCACAACGUGAAGCUCUCCGACACCGGCGAAAUCAAGGCGGUGGCGGGGAGCAUUCGUUCUACCGCCAAGCUGCAGGUGCAAGAGGCUGUGAUUUCAUUUGUGCGGAAACUUGGCCCGGUCGAGGUGGAGGAGCGGCAGACGUUCGUGCUUGAGGUGGACGUGUCCAAGGCCUCGGCAGAAGUGAAGUGGACGCGCAAUGGCCUAGUGAUCCAGCCGAACAAGCGCUUCCUGUUUGAGGCCGACGGCUCCCGGCGCUCCCUGACCAUACUCUCGGCAGAGAUGGGCGACCGAGGCCUUUACUCAUGCGAGACGCUGCAUGAGAAGACCCAAGCGAAAGUGACCAUCCAACCGCGUGCAAUCCGUGUGGUGAAACCCCUGGAGCCUGUGAUCGUGAUGGAGAAGGAGGCCGCCACCUUUAAGUUGGAGCUCUCCCACGUGGGUGUGGAGGGCCAGUGGUCGAGGGACGGCAUCCGCUUCCGGCAAAACAACCGAUGCCAGAUUUCCACCUUCGGGAAGUCGCACAGCCUGACCAUUUUGAGCGUGCGAGAGGACGACGUCGGCAUCAUCGCGUUCCAGGCUGAGGGGGUGCGCACGUCAGCGCAGCUCACAGUCGCAGAAUCGCCGGUGACCUUCACGAAGCAGCUGCAGGAGACGCACGUCCCUCACAAAGGCAGCACGGUGCUGGAAUGCGAAGUGUCGCGUGCCAACGCGGAGGUCAAGUGGCUCAAGGACGGCUCUGAGCUGAAAUCGGACCAGCGCAUCCGCGUGGUGGGGCACGGCGUGCGGCGCUCUCUACGCCUUACCGGGUGUGAGCCCCAGGACAGCGGCCUGUAUGUGUGCCAGGCCGACAAGAACAGCACGACGGCGACGCUGCACGUCCACGCGCGCGAGAUUCGCAUUCUGCGAGGCCUGGAGGACCAGCUGGUGAACGAGAACGACAAUGCGGUGUUCGUGUGCGAGACGUCGCACGACGACGUGGACGUGCAGUGGCUUCUCAACGACAAGAAGCUCCGCUCCAGCUACAGCGUCCGUAUUCGCCAGGAAGGCGAGUGGCGCUCGCCAAAAAUAUUCAUGGGACUUUUAACGACGGUGCUCUUUGUUCGUCGAUGGUUGUAUGACCCGAAGGCAUUCUGUCUCUAA